AUGUGUGCGUUGUUCUAAUGUCAACAUCAAUCAAACAAUGUUUACAGUCACUAUAAGUUUUAAUCACUAAUACUUAUGUCAAUAUAGUGUUUGGACCACGCCAUCUAUGUGGAUCGAAUGAUUCAUACUCAAGACUAGAUGUAAUUGAGAUAGAAUAUCUAGAUCUAGUAUAGAUUCUUCAGCGUUUUUAGUUUCCAUUUUGAUUCUAAACACCAAAACUGAAACUCCAAAUAUUUUGACGUGAAAGAGCAGGAGCCAAGGCCUUGGGCCGCAUCGGCCCUGUCACAGCCCACAAGAUGGACGACGUCCGCUUUGAGUGGAUCCGUGACAGGGUUUACGACGGGCUAAACCUUCUGAACCCUGCCAUCUUUGAGGUGUUCCUGGAAACCUAUGAGAGCCAGCUGUCCAUGUUCCUGAACAAGGGCCCAGAGAAACACGACAACCCGGUCAGCAUUCUCUUCUACAAGGAGAAAAUAUUUAUACCAAAAGUUGUGCAACAAGGUACGCUUGGCAGUGUGCCCAGCUUUGCUCUAUCUGAUGACGACCUGGGGCUGAAUGCAUUGUCCUCAGUGAUGUCAAUGUCGAUAGUAAAGACUAGUGAAGAUUAUCAGUUUUGUACCGUUCCCGACGAGCUGGAUGCCUCUAAUGAGAAGGAGGGUGUCUACAAAACUUACCUUCAUAUGGUCUGGGGAAACCUGCCAGAGACCCUGGCGAACAAGGGCGUGCCUAGUGUCUACUUCGUUAGGACAACACCCGGCCUCAUCACCGUCUACAGCAGCCUCUUGGAGGCAGAGAGAGAGAUGCCUUUGCAAAUUGAAUACGGACUUCUAAACGACAACGGCCUCUUUCUACUUCAACAAAUUCUGACUCACCUGUUUCAGCCUAUGGUAGCACUCAGUCUCUAUAUGCAGGCUCGAAAAGCGGACGGAGCGUCUCCUUUGACGUCCACUUCUCAAUUACCAACCAAGAAUGUCGCGACUACUAAUACCCAGUUAUCUCAAGCUCAAGUAGAAAAACAGGUCUCAGUGAUCCAGUCACUUUCGUUAGCUUUCGACUCUUCAACAUCCCAGCUAAAGGUUCCGGGCAGCAAAGUCCAACUGCCGCCCAUACGAUCCCAAAGCAAGCAGCGCAAAGGGGCGACUUCUAAGCCGAAGUCCACUGAACGAGUCGACAAAGAAUCUACCUCUGUUGCUACAUUGUCAGUCAAGAACGUGAGCAGUGCUACCAACGCUAAAUCAGACGCCUUGAUGUUCACCAGAGACGAGCUGAGCUUCAGUUUUCUCAAGUUUUUGAACACGGUCGAUGAAAUAGUGUUCCAAUUAACAAGAAAGUUAAAACUGGACAUACCACCCAUAAAGCUAACUGGCCGGCCACAUGCUGACCUGAGAGAUACUGAGACCAUGAGGAUAGUUCAUGACACUUGUCACAAGUAUCAGCACCAGGUGGAUCACCUUCUUGAGACGACCUUGGGUCUGCCAAGGUCAGGGGAUGGUCCACUGGCUGAGCUCAAGUACUGGAAGGACCGAGAUGACGUGCUGCAUAGUGUGAAUGAACAACUGGACAUGCCUAUGAUCAAAUACAUGUUGGAUCUGCACAUGCGCACUGAAGGGGAUUUCGAGUUCACCAUAAAGGACUUAAAGAAGUACGCUAUUGAGGCCAGGGACAAUGUUCGAUUUCUGUCUACCCUAGAACGUCACUUCCGGAAUCUUAAAUAUGCGCUCUCGUUCCAGUCGGUCAUAGAGACCAUUCCCGCCAUGAUGAACGCCCUGAGGAUGAUUUGGAUCAUUUCCCGCCACUACAACACUGACGAGCUGAUGGUGCCGCUGAUGGAACGCAUCGCCUGGGAACUGUGUGAGAGGGUGACCAAAGUAAUCAACGUCAGGAACUUGUUUCAAUACGACACGCACAUCAUUAAAAACAUCACAUCUGCUGCCAUCCGUACACUGGACACUUGGAAAAAAUCGUACUUCACAGUGAGGGCGAGAAUAGAGUCGUCUGGCCGAGAUGUCCGCUGGGAGUUUGACCGCUCCAAAUUGUUUGAUCGAACAGACUACAUCAGCAUAAUAUGUCAAGACCUCUACGAUAUGGCUCAGGUGAUCGAAGAAUUCAAUAAUAUCUUCAGUCAGGAACUAAAGAAUGUGACAGGUGAUCCAGAGAGAAUUGACGAGGUGUUGGAGCAGGUAUAUGAACUUGUUCAUCCGAUCUCUGAGCUUCCCUAUGACGCCUUCUCUCCUACACGAGCCACCAUGUGGCAGAUACUGAAGACCAAGUUCUACAAGCGUGUGGCCGAGAUUGAAGAUGUGGCCAAAUUGUUUAUUGAUGAAUCUUUCCAGAGCCUCAGGUCUUCAGAUGGUGCCUUUGAGUUGUUGAUUAAACUAAAAGACAUUCAGUCAAGGGAGACAAUCAACAAACGUAUGCAGUCUAAGUUCAGAAACGUCAUCCUGCAGUUCAACAAGGAGAUUGACAUCAUGAACAACCUCUUCAUGGAGCACAAGACCAACCCCCCUUUUUACAGAAACUACCCACCUGUUGCUGGGGCCAUCUUCUGGUGCCGCUCCCUGUUUCAUCGCAUCAAGUCUAGCAUCAUACGCUUCAAUACCAUGGCGGACAUGAUGUCAACGGACAUUGGGAAGAUGGCCACACAGAAAUACUUGUCUGUAGCCAAGAACAUGAGGAAAUAUGAAGAGAACUUAUUUCAUCUAUGGCAUGACCAUGCAGAAAGAUUAGUACCCCAGUUUCUGAGAGCUACCCUCUUGGUAAGGAUAAACUAUACUGUGACGGCUAGUGUUCCCGAAGGCAUUAGGAAACAUUCUAUCAGUUCCAUGCUCAACGCUCCGGCCACUAGUGCUAGGCUAGGGACUGCAAAAGGUUGUCGAACGUCUAUCCAAGAGUCCUACGAAGUUAACUUCAACAAGUCCAUCACCACCAUAAUAGCGGAGACCAAACAUCUUCUGUCUCUUAACUUCUAUGUACCAGAUGUGGCCAAGCAUUUGGCACUCGAUGAAUACAAAUUGACCACCAAUAGAUCUCAACUUCAGAUGAUGGUGAAUGGUUACAAUGGAGCCGUGCUCAGUUUGUCCACCGCUGAAUUUUUACUGAUGGAAGGACACUUGCAACGGUUAAAGAAAUUUUUAAAACCUCCUUGCCACAGGAUCAACUGGUACUCUUUGGUCAUCCAAGAUAUCAUCAGUAAAUUUAAUUCUCAACUGAAUAUAUUUAACGGGGUGGUGAAGGCGAUAGAGCGUCUCAGCAUGGACAUCCUCAACAUUCUCAACCAAAUAGAAAAUCUGCACCUUUUCAAGAUGCGAGCGCCCUUGUACGAAGGCCACAUGUACUCCUGCAAGGAAGUCUUCAACUUUGCUUUCACUCAAAGGGACAUAGACGUGGACCACGUGGCUAAGCAGGUCUCUUGUAUCGGCGUACUCAUCACCAAGAUGGAAACUACUAUAGCUGGCAGCAGUGUUCCAGAUACCCACUCACCAAACUAUAUACGCUUCUGCAGUUACUGGGAAAGGAUGAUUUUCAAGUCUAUCAAUGAGAUGGUGCUAAAAAAUCUGCGGUGGUUUAUCUAUCACUUUAAACGAGACGAGCCCUAUUUCAGCGUGGAAGCGCUGCUUGCGCCCCCUGACGUGAUACUCGUCCCCCAAAGCAACGACAUCUACAACACUGCCAUGUCCUCGGUUAGGGAUAUGGUGGCCAGGACGAAGAGGUUCAUUCGCUGGCUGCAAGGCUCGUGCACAGAGGCGCCGCCUCAGAAGGUCAAGUUUCAGGACGAGCCGUAUAUCUUCUCUUACUACACUGACAUCAUCAGCAACCAGGAAAUCUUGGAUCUCGUGGCCGAGUGCGAAGAGAUGGUGGUCAAGGCUGUAGUCAAUGUUCACAAGUACAUGUCUGUCUGGAAGAGAUACAGGCAGUUGUGGCGAGGCGACAAGGAAGAGCAACUGGACAGGUGGCUGCUGAAACCAAAGUCGGCCAUUGACUUCGACUACAGGUUUCAGUUCUACGUGAAAUCCAUUGAAGAUGUUAUGAAGAGGGAGCUGGAGAAGAAAAUUGGCUGCAUACACUUGAGUGUAGAGCAGUUGGCUGAGGCCACAGCCAAGCACGCCCAAGAGUGGAUACGUCUGCUGGGGAAGAAGUUGCACAACCAAGCUCUCACGAAGCUCAACUCUAUUUAUGAAGAAAUUACAGACAAAGCCUCUGACCUUGAUGACACCACGGACAACCUGGACGAGCUGAAGGCUGUCCUGACCACAAUCCAGAGCAUCAAGGACAAUCUUUUGAUGUGGGAGACAAGAUGGCGGGCAGUGCAAGAAGAGUACCGUACCUUGAAGAUGUAUGACAUUCCGGUACCAGAAGAAGAGCUGCAACUCCAAGCGGAUGUGCCAGUUUUUUACGAGUCGGUGUUACUAAAAGCCAAAAACAGAGACUGCCGUUUGGUCGUGGUAAAAGCCAAAUUUAAAAUGAUUACAGAGCAUCAUGUUAGUAACUUCAAGGAGGAGUGCGAGAAGUUCUACAACAGAUUCAUGGAACAAGGACCAGGAUCUGUGGGAGAAAAUUUGCAAUUAGGAGAUUCGCUGAUGCAGAAGUUUGCCCACGAGGCAGACGAGCUGGAAGAGAAGAGGCUGGAGCUGUCCAAGGCUGAGAAACUGUUUGAACUGCCCAUCACUUUACAUGAGCGACUGCUGGACGUCAAGAAACAAAUAGCCGGCUUACAGCAGGUGUACGCCCUGUACCGAGAUCUGGAUUCUGUGAAAAACAAAUGGUCUGAGACUCUUUGGGUCGACCUUGACAUUGAAUUACUCAGUAAAGGCAUUGAUGACUUCAUUAAGAACCUAAGAAAGUUGCCAAAGUCUGUGAGAACGCUGCCCCCAGCUAUAUCACUGGAUCAGGUCAUGAAACAGUUUAAGGAGUCCCUUCCUUUGAUUGUGGACCUGAAGUCCGAAGCUCUGAGAGAGCGGCACUGGAAAGAACUAAUGACUAAGACUGACCAAUACUUCGACAUGAAUCCAAAGACCUUCACCUUGGCGGGCAUUUUCAGCAUGAAACUGUACAGGUUCUCCACGCUCAUCACAGAGAUUGUUGUAGCAGCAAUUAAAGAAAUGAGUAUAGAGAAGGGCAUCAAUGACGUGGAGGAAAUGUGGAAGAAAGCCAAGUUCAUUGUCAUGCCCUUCAUCAAGGGCAACAGGAAGGCAAACGUCCUUGGCCCCAUCGAUGAAAUUUUGCAGAACCUGGACGACUGCAGCGUCAACCUCCAGAGCAUGUCCGCGUCCAGGUUCAUUGGGCCGUUCUUACAUCAAGUGCAGUCCUGGGAGAAAGCUCUGUCCAAAAUGUCGGAAGUCAUUGACGUAUGGCUCCAGGUACAGAGAAAGUGGAUGUAUCUUGAAGGUAUAUUUGGUGGCGGUGACAUCAGUAAACAGCUACCCGAGCAAGCCAAGUUCUUUGACAAGAUCGACAGACAGUUUAAAAAAAUCAUGGAGGGCACCAAUGAGAACCCAAACAUCAAGCAUGCCACGCACGUAGAGGGACGUUAUGAUGAGCUAGUGGCCCUGUCAUUGGGCCUGGAGAAAUGUCAGAAGUCUCUGAACGAUUACCUUGACUCCAAGAGGAACGCCUUCCCCAGGUUUUUCUUUAUCUCAGACGACGAACUUCUCAGUAUCCUUGGGUCAUCUGACCCGGAGUGUGUGCAGGAACACAUAAUUAAGAUGUAUGACAACAUCGCUUCCUUGAGAUUUAUCAAGAGUCCCAUCAACCCGAAGGAGCUGGUCGUGUCAGCCAUGAUCUCCGCUGAGAAAGAAGUCAUGGACUUUAGGGCACACAUCAGCACCAGCGAUAGAGUGGAGGUCUGGAUGACUUCGGUGCUGCUGGAGAUGAGGCGCACCAACCGUCUGAUUACCAAAGAGGCCAUCUUCUACUACAGCUACAAGAAAUCCAGAGCCGACUGGAUGUUGGACUAUCAAGGGAUGGUGUGUCUGGCAGCCAGCCAGGUGUGGUGGACCUGGGAAGUGGAGGACGUCUUCCGGAAGAUUCGGACUGGGCUGAAGACGGCACUUAAGGACUUCGCCUCGAAGAUGCACUCGCAGAUUGACCAGCUCGUAGUGAAGAUCCGCUCCCCACUGCCAAAGAAUGACCGCAAGAAAUACAACACAGCUUUAAUCGUAGAUGUCCACGCUAGGGACAUAGUGGAUGGUUUCGUCAGAGAUAGUAUUAUGGAUGAGAAAGAGUUUGAGUGGGAGUCCCAGCUUCGCUUCUACUGGGUCCGGGAGCCGGACGAGCUGUACAUCCGGCAGUGCACGGGCUCCUUCCUGUACGGCUACGAGUACAUGGGCCUCAACGGGCGCCUGGUCAUCACGCCCCUGACGGACCGGAUCUACCUCACACUCACCCAGGCUUUGUCCAUGAACCUGGGAGGCGCCCCCGCUGGUCCCGCCGGGACGGGGAAGACGGAGACUACCAAAGAUCUGGCCAAAGCGUUGGGGCUACUAUGUGUAGUGACCAACUGUGGCGAGGGAAUGGAUUAUAAGGCGUUUGGGAAAAUCCUGUCCGGCUUAUGUCAGUGCGGUGCCUGGGGCUGUAUGGACGAGUUUAACAGAAUCGACAUCUCUGUCUUGUCUGUCAUCUCCACGCAGCUACAGCUGAUCAAACAGGCCCUGGUGAUGAAGCUGACCCACUUUCAGUUUGAGGGUGCUGAGAUACCACUGGACCACAGGGUUGGUAUAUUUAUUACCAUGAACCCCGGAUACGCCGGACGAACGGAGCUCCCAGAAUCUGUGAAAGCACUGUUCCGGCCAGUAGUGGUCAUCGUACCUGACCUCCAACAGAUUUGUGAGAUCAUGUUGUUUUCAGAAGGUUUUCUGUUGGCCAAAAUAUUGGCCAAGAAAAUGACCGUCUUGUACAAACUGUCUAGGGAGCAGCUGUCCAAACAGUUUCACUACGACUUCGGCCUCAGGGCUUUGAAAUCUGUCCUGGUCAUGGCCGGGGAACUUAAGAGAAAUGCUCAGGAGCUGGACGAGGAUGUUGUCCUCAUGAGGGCGCUGAGAGACAUGAACUUACCAAAGUUCGUUUUUGAAGAUGUCCCGCUCUUCCUCGGUCUGAUCUCUGAUCUGUUCCCGGGACUCAACUGUCCGAGGGUACGGUAUCCGGACUUUAAUGACGCUGUAGAGCAGUCCUUGGCUGAAAAUGGGUUCAUCGUGAUCCCAGUUCAGGUUGAUAAAAUUGUACAGCUCUACGAGACCAUGAUGACCCGACACUGUACGAUGUUGGUGGGGCCGACUGGAGGAGGCAAGUCAGUGGUCCUCAAUGCGUUGGUCCAUGCACAGACCAGACUUGGAACUCCUACCAAAGUGUACAUUAUCAACCCCAAAGAAAGACCGGUCAUCGAGCUUUAUGGCGUCCUUGACCCAGUUAGCAGAGACUGGACGGAUGGGCUGCUUUCAAACAUUUUCAGGGAGAUCAACAAGCCGACUGAUCGUAAAGAGUUGCGCUACAUCGUGUACGAUGGUGACGUGGACGCCCUGUGGGUGGAGAAUAUGAAUUCUGUCAUGGAUGACAACAAGCUGCUGACUUUGUCUAACGGAGAGCGAAUCCGUCUGCAGAACUACUGCGCCAUGCUGUUUGAGGUCUUUGACCUGCAGUACGCCUCACCAGCAACAAUUUCCCGGUGCGGGAUGGUCUUCGUGGACCCCAAAAACCUGGGCUACUUUCCCUUCUGGGAGCGAUGGCGCCGCACCAGGCCCCAAGCUCAAGGGAAAAUCUUUGAAUCUCUCUACAAGAAGUAUGUACCGCUUCUGGUGGAUCUUGUGGUGGAAGGUCUCCAGGACAACCAGCCGGUGGAGAGAUUGAGGACCAUCUUGCCGCUGACAAAUCUGAAUAUGAUCCAACAAUUGACCGUGAUGCUGACUGCCACCCUGGAGGAUGUCGAUUACUCCUCCACUGAGUUGGAAGCUGUCAUGAUCCAGUCCAUGGUGUGGUCCCUGGGCGCCGCCCUAAUAGAGGACAGUAGGGUACGAUUUGACACCUUCGUCAAGUACCUGGCCAGCAUGAGCGUUAUUUACGACGCAAACAAACUAGCGGAAGCAGGUGAACUGCCAGGUAACGGGACUUUAUUCGACUACCACUUUGACCAGGGGAAGAAGAAAUGGAUCCCUUGGUCCAAACGUGUGCCAGCUUACACCCACAUUCCUGAACAGAAGUUUUAUGACAUUCUGGUGCCUACAGUGGAAACGGUGCGUGCUACGUGGCUGCUGGAGCUCAAUGUUCAAGUCAAGCGUCCCGUGGUAUUGGUUGGGGAAACAGGCACCUCCAAGACUGCCACCAUCUUGAAUUUCGUGAGAAAAUUUAAUGAAGAGACAACGAUGUUGCUAGUGAUGAACUUCUCCUCCAGGACCACCUCCCUGGAUGUCCAGAGAAACUUAGAAGCCAACAUGGAGAAAAGAACCAAGGACACUUUUGGUCCACCGUCCAACAAACGACUGAUUAUAUACAUCGAUGAAUUGAAUAUGCCCCAGGUGGACACCUACGGCACCCAGCAGCCUAUCGCCAUGCUGAAGCUUCUGCUGGACAGGGGUGGCGUCUACGACCGGGGCAAAGAGCUAGGCUGGAAGAACAUGCGCGACCUGGGCUACAUUGCAUCCAUGGGCAAGGCCGGCGGGGGCCGGAACGAGACAGACCCGAGAUUCGUGUCUCUGUUCUCAGUCUUCAACAUGACAUUUCCAGACCAGACGUCACUCCUGAAGAUCUACGUCUCCAUCCUAGAGGGGCACCUGAGACCUUUCGAGUCGGACCUUGUCAAAUACUCUGUGAAAAUCACAGAAAUGACUAUGGAAUUGUAUGCAAUCUUAAUCAAAGAGCUACCGCCCACACCUUCCAAAUUUCACUACAUUUUCAACCUGAGGGACCUUUCACGGAUCUACAAUGGCCUGUGCCUGUCCACUCCUGACCGCUUCAGUAACACCAACCAGUUUCUCAGACUGUGGAGAAACGAAUGCAUGAGAGUUAUCAGCGAUCGUUUGAUAACUGUAGAGGAUAAGCAUCUGGUUCAGGAUCACUUGCUGAGACUCAUCAAAGAGUUCUUCAAAGACUCGAACGCCGAGUACAUCGCUAGGAAUCCGAUUCUGUUCGGAGAUUUCCGCUUCGCUUUGGACGAGGAGGAGCCGAGAAUCUACGAAGAUUUACAAGACUACGAGGCCUGCAAAGCUCUCUUUCAAGAGAUCCUGGAUGAUUACAAUGAGAUUAGGUCAUCCAUGCAGGUCGUGCUUUUUGAUGACGCCCUGGAGCAUUUGACACGCAUACACAGAGUUCUGCGCAUGGACAGGGGCAACUCACUCUUGGUGGGUGUUGGGGGCAGUGGCAAGCAAAGUCUGUGUCAUCUCGCCUCGUAUGCCGCCAGGUGUGAAGUCUUUCAGAUUAUGUUGAGUCGAGGCUACAAUGAGAAUAGUUUUAGGGAAGAUUUAAAGUCCCUGUACAACAAACUGGGAGUCGAAAACAAACAAGUGGUCUUCUUGUUUACUGACCAGCAAGUGGCGGAAGAAGGUUUUCUAGAGUUAAUCAACAAUAUGCUGACUACUGGUAUGGUUCCAGCUCUGUAUGCCGAUGAAGAGAAAGAUCAACUGAUAGGCAUUAUGAGAAAAGAGGCGUCCGAUGCUGGUAAGGGGCCGGCUAAAGAGAGCAUCUGGAUGUACUUUGUAGACAAAUGUGCAAACAACCUGCACAUCGUCAUGGCCAUGUCGCCCGUGGGAGACACACUCAGGACCAGGUGCCGGAACUUUCCAGGUAUCGUCAAUAACGCCAUCAUUGAUUGGUUCUUCCCUUGGCCGGAACAAGCUUUGUACGCUGUGGCCUGCGUCAUGAUCUCACCAGAUAAUCAACUCAUCCCAGAGAACAAUCGCGAGGACAUCGUGUCUCACUGUGUCAUGGUCCACCUGAGUGUCAACGACUACAGCCAGAAGUUCCUGCAGAGGCUGAGGCGUUACAAUUUCGUGACGCCCAAGAACUACCUUGACUUCAUCAGCUGCUACCUGAGGCUGUUGAGGGAGAAGGACUUGUACAUUCUGUCUCAGUGUGAACGUCUGCAAGGGGGACUCGCUAAAAUUGCCGACGCCAGCAAGAUGUUGACGGUCCUGAACGAAAAGUUGGCCGUGCAGAGAGUGGCUGUCAGGGAAAAGACCAUCGCCUGUGAGACGCUCCUGAAGGAGAUCGCUCACUCCAGCACCGAAGCCAACGAAAUGAAGAACGCGGCACAGAUUAAGGCUCAAGAAAUCACAGAAUCCAGUAAAAUUAUCGCAGUUGAAAAGGCUGAGGCAGAGGAAGCACUACAAGAAGCUCUGCCUGCAUUGGAAGCAGCCCGCCUCGCACUGGAUGACAUUUCAAAGGCAGACAUUACAGAAGUCAGGACAUUCGCCAAGCCGGCCCCCGCCGUUCAGUGUGUUUGCGAGUGUAUCGCGGUGCUAAAAGGUUUGAAAGAGAUCUCCUGGAAGUCGGCCAAGGGCAUGAUGUCUGACCCCAGCUUUAUCCGGCAACUGAAAGAAUUGGACGUAGACAACAUCACAAGCCGUCAAAUUCAGGCGGUCAAAGUAAAACUCCAGGACAUUAACGUAACCACUCAACAGAUGAGACAGAUCUCUACGGCCGGUGAGGGACUUCUGAAGUUCGUUAAUGCCGUUAUGGGUUACUGCGCUGUGUUCCGGGAGAUCAAACCCAAACGAGAUAGAGUUGCGACCCUAGAGAAAAAUUUUUUCGAGUUGAAGCGGGGUCUGGACAAGAUUAACAAGCAAGUGGCCAAGCUGGAAGACCUGAUCAACAACCUGAACAUGAAGUACGAGAUGGCCAUGCUGGAGAGGCAGCGUCUGGAGGAGGAAACGAGGCUCAUGGAGAAGAGGCUGAUUGCUGCCGACAAACUCAUCAACGGGCUGAGCUCUGAGAACGCCAGGUGGCUAAAAGACCUGGACGAACUUAAGAAGAGACGUAAGCGAUUGCUCGGUGAUUGCAUCGUCGGCGCUGCAUUCCUCAGCUAUGUGGGUGCAUUUAGUUAUGAAUAUAGACAUGAAAUGAUGAGUCAAGUCUGGCUGAGUGACCUGAGACAGAAGGAGAUCCCACUCAGUAACCCUUACCGCAUAGAAGACCUGCUCACCACUGAUGUUGAAAUAAGCAAAUGGUCAUCCGAAGGACUGCCGCCGGACGAGCUGUCCGUGCAGAAUGGGAUAUUGACCAUGCGAGCCAGUCGGUUCCCGCUGUGUAUUGACCCUCAGCAACAAGCUUUGAACUGGAUCAAGAAACGUGAAGAGAAACAUAAUCUCAAGUGUUGUACAUUUAAUGACGAGGACUUCUUGAAACAGUUAGAGAUGUCCAUCAAAUAUGGCUUCCCAUUUCUCUUCACUGACGUAGAUGAAUACAUAGAUCCAGUUAUAGACAAUGUUCUGGAGAAGAAUAUUAAAGGAGUUCAAGGACGAGAGGUCGUCAUGCUUGGAGAUAAAGAAGUGGACUACGACAAACAUUUUCGGCUUUACCUCAACACCAAACUGUCCAACCCAAAAUUUGGUCCCAACGUGUUCGGUAAAGCCAUGGUGAUCAACUACACCGUCACCUUAAUGGGUUUGGAAGACCAACUUCUAAGCGUCAUAGUCGGAUACGAGAAAAGAGAAUUGGAGGAACAGAGAGAAAGUUUAAUACAAGAAACAAGCUUUAACAAGAAGCUGCUGUAUGAUCUUGAAGACUCCCUCCUGAGAGAGCUGGCGCAGUCAAAGGGCAACAUGCUGGACAACGAGGAUCUCGUGGAGACACUGGAGUCCACCAAAACAAAAGCAUCAGAAGUGACCUACAAACUGGACCUUGCCUCCAGAACAGCCAUUGACAUUGAAAAGACCAGAGACGGUUAUAGACCGGCUGCAAUGAGAGGCGCCAUCUUGUUCUUUGUCCUGGCGGACAUGUCCGUGGUCAACUCCAUGUAUCAGUACUCACUUGAGGCUUUCCUGGAAGUCUUUGUCUACUCUCUAAAAAGAAGUCUUCCUGACACCAUACUUAGAAAGAGAAUCAACAACAUUUUAGAAGCACUGACACUGAAUGUGUACAAUUAUGGCUGUACAGGAAUAUUUGAGAGAGAGAAGCUUUUAUUCUCUUUCCAAAUAACACUGAAGUUGGAGCAACAACAGAAACAUGUUUUCCAAGAAGAGUUGGACUUCUUUAUUAAGGGCAACACAUCACUUCAAAAAAGUGAGAUCAAAAAACCUUUCCCUUGGAUUCCGGACGUCGGCUGGGAGGACAUAAACAGGCUCUCUAUGGACUUUCCUGCUUUCGCAAACUUGAAAACAGACAUAGCGGAGAAUCAGCAAGAAUGGAAAGAGUGGUUUGAUCACGACACACCAGAAUCUCAGAAACUACCACAGUACUAUGGGAAGGCGUUGACCUCAUUUCAGAAACUCAUGCUGUUACGGUGUUUCCGGGUGGACAGAAUCUAUCGAGCCCUCAUGAACUAUGUGACACUGACCAUGGGAGAGCGCUACGUGACUCCCCCCAUCCUCAGCUUUGACAACAUCUUUGAGCAGAGCAGUCCGAUGUCUCCAAUCGUGUUCAUCCUGAGCCCAGGCUCAGACCCAGCCAGUGACCUACUCAAGUUGGCGGAGAGACAGGAUUUCCACAACUCAAAGAUCAAGUUUCUGUCCAUGGGGCAAGGACAAGAAGAGACUGCCAUCCAACUGCUGGACACCGCCAUCGCCAGAGGUCAGUGGUUGAUGCUGCAGAACUGUCAUCUGCUGGUCCGUUGGUUGAGAGACCUGGAGAAGAUUCUGGAAGGUUUGAGCAAGCCUCACCCAGACUUUAGAUUGUGGAUCACCACGGAUCCAACACCGAACUUUCCCAUCGGAAUACUACAGAGAUCUUUAAAGGUGGUGACAGAACCGCCCAAUGGCCUGAGAUUAAACAUGCGCAGUACUUACCUAAAGAUGCCCAGCACGGCCUUGACUGACUGCGAACAUCCUGCAUUCCCUCCCCUUGUCUUCGUGCUCGCUUUCUUCCAUGCUGUUGUGCAGGAAAGACGAAAGUAUGGCAAGGUUGGCUGGAAUGUGAGCUAUGACUUCAACGAGAGUGACUUCAAUACCUGUAUGAUAGUCUUAAACACCUACUUGAACCGCAUGGUAGAACAAGGGGACCCGAAGAUCCCGUGGAACACUUUGAAAUAUCUGAUUGGAGAGGUGAUGUACGGUGGACGAGCCAUUGACGACUUUGACCGAAGGAUUCUCCGCACCUACAUGGACGAAUACAUGGGCGACUUCAUAUUCGAUUCCUUCCAGCCGUUCCACUUCUACCACGACGAGACAGUCGAUUACUACAUACCUCUACCAGACGAGCCAACUAACAAAGACGAGUAUUUAGUUUACAUUGAAUCACUACCUCUUGCUAACAAGCCAGAUGUGUUUGGUUUGAAUCCCAACGCUGAGAUUGGAUACUACACCCAGGCUGCCAAAGCGAUGUGGGAACAUUUGGUGGAACUGCAGCCUCAGACAGGCAGUUCAGCUUCAGGCAUCAGUCGUGAGGAUUACAUCUCACAGAUCGCCACAGACGUACUGGAGAAACUGCCAUCAGAGUUUGACUUGGUCAAGAUUAGACGCGCUCUUGGACUAGACAUUUCCCCUACAACUGUCGUGUUGUUGCAGGAACUUGAGAGAUAUAACAAUUUGAUGGUCAGAAUGAAACGAUCUCUGGCAACUCUCAAAAGGGCUCUAGCGGGUGAGGUAGGGAUGAGCACAGAGCUGGAUGACGUGGCACGCUCCCUGUUCAACGGCCAGCUCCCGGCCAUAUGGAGGCGCUUGGCGCCCAUCACGCUCAAGUCUCUCGGAAAUUGGAUAACCCACUUUCUGAGGCGCCACAAGCAGUAUUAUCAGUGGGUGAACGACUGUGAGCCUGCGGUCAUGUGGCUAUCUGGACUCCACAUUCCUGAGUCCUAUUUGACUGCUCUGGUCCAGGCCACAUGCAGGAAAAACAGCUGGCCUUUGGACAAGUCCACUCUCUACACCACCGUGACCAAGUACACAGACCCUGAUGACGUGACUGACAGGGCAACAAGUGGCUGCUAUGUCCACGGCUUGUACCUUGAAGGGGCGGGCUGGGAUGUGGACAGGAAGUGUAUUACACGGCAGCCACCAAAGCAACUGAUACAAGAGUUACCUGUCUUGAAAAUAAUCCCCAUUGAAGCCCACAGGUUAAAAUUACAGAACACGUUCAGAACGCCUGUGUACGUGACUUCCAUGAGGCGCAACGCCAUGGGCGUCGGACUUGUUUUUGAAGCGGACUUGUUCACCAAGGAGCAUAUAUCUCACUGGGUGCUUCAAGGUCUCUGCCUCAUUCUCAACACGGACUGAUCACUCCACGCGUUUCUUUGGCGGGAAUAUAUUGUAUGGCAACCAGUGUGUAAACCAGUCGAUGAUGUCGGCCAUGUUAGCCAAAUCACGUGACUAGGGCUUAUCACGUGACUAAUUUAUAUAAUUAAUUAUUUAUGCUAAAAAAUACUAUCGUUAAUCACUGAAGUUAUUUAUAUGUUCUUUUUUUUCAAUUUCUGUUUUCUGAUCUUAGUUUCAUUUUGCUAUUAUGCCUGCAAGACCCCCCCCCUAUUUUUUUCAGACUGAUGUAAAGAUUUUAUUUUUCACAUGAACUUUAAGAAUAAAAAGAAACUGUAAAAAAUAUUGAUGUAGUUUUAAAAAUCCGAACCAUAACUACUCUUCCCCAUAACUUGCACGCAUGUGUGUUUUCAUAGGACACACUAUUUUGAUUUGUUUUUGCCUGAAGAAAAUAAUGUUUAAGUGGCUGCUGAUACCUGUGUUUUAUUCGGGUCGCUCUUCAUAGCUAUGAGGUUUGUGCCCAGUAAAAGCUGAGGGGUUAGAGUGGCUUCUGAUCGCUGGGGGUUAGAGUGGCUUCUGAUCGCUGGGGGUUAGAGUGGCUUCUGAUCGCUGGGGGUUAGAGUGGCAAUUUUUUCACUCAUGGUUGUGGGGGUUGCUGUUUUCUUUGGGCAGCUUUGAGUAAAAUGGCAACUUACAGAGACUAUACCCAGUUCUAGUACCUGAUAAGGUUUGUCAAGUUCAAGGCAUUCUUACUUUUACUUCAGAGUAACAGAAGUAACGGCACUAUAAGAUAUUCUAAUAUAAGAACUCUUACAGUAAUUUCAACUGAUGGAGGGACGUUUGGCCCCCCCUGUGUUGAUAAUGUUAUUUAUAGAUUAUAAGUAUACGGUAAAACGAUUCACAGCAUUACUUAUCAGCGCAAUGUAUGAUAUAAAUGUUUAUUAUUUUAUAUAGCUGUGAUGUUUUUUUAAAUGAAAUAUUAUUCAUAUUGUGUUAUUAUCCUUGUUGGGGGGUCAUAGAAUAAAAUGGAUUUGUGUGCAUGUUUAAAUAAGGUCGAAGUGUUUAUUCGUGCCUAUAGACAACGUAAAUGUGAAGUUUCGCUUCUCUGUGUUGUUUUAAUUAAAUAUUCUUAAC